UAUAAGCAGCGUGUCCGCGGAGAACCGGGUGACUUGCGCUGGCAGGAGCGGGUGGCUGCUGGGAGAAAAAAGGAUGAGGCUAUAUGGGAUUACGUCACAGGCUCUUCGUAACCUGAGCAAAACUCAAAGGUUACAGAGACCUGCAUUAGGUUUGUGGUCACGCAUUUGUACCACGGAGGAUGAUCAUGGCCGGAAGCACAGCACAGAGACUGGACCCAGCCCAAGGGUCAGACGGAGCACUUGGAAAUGGGGACUUACAACAACAGGGGCUCUGCUGGGAUUAGGAACAGUCCUGAUUUAUGAGGCGCAAAGGAGACGGGUGGCCCAUGCAGAGUCUUUGAAGAUUCCUGUUCCUCAAACAUUUCCCCAGUACACACAGGCAGAUGUGAAGCAGCAUGCUAGCUUAGCUGACAGAGUGUGGGUGACCUAUGCAGGAGAGGUGUUCGAUAUCACAGACUUUGUGGAAUUGCAUCCUGGCGGCAGUCGGAUAUUACUUGCUGCCGGCGGAGCCCUUGAACCUUUCUGGGCCUUGUAUGGUGUACACAAGAGUGAGCAUGUCUUGGAAAUAUUGCAACAAUAUAAGGUGGGAGAACUCACCGGUGAGGAAGCAGGGGAAGUGGAUGCUGCUGACCCAUACUCAAGUGAUCCUUCUCGACAUCCUGUCUUAAAAGUCAAUAGCCUGAAGCCUUUUAAUGCAGAGCCCCCUCCUGAGAUUUUGACCGAUAGUUUUGUUACCCCAGUUGACCUUUUCUUCAAAAGGAACCACUUACCUGUGCCAGUUAUCAAUACUGAUGAGUACCGGCUAAUAAUAGAAACACCCAGUGGAACAGAGGGGAGCAAGCCACUUCAACUUUCCCUAAAUGAUCUAAAGACUAAAUUUCCCCGACAUGAGGUUACUGCCACCCUGCAGUGUGCUGGGAACCGACGCUCUGAAAUGAAUGCUGUGAAGCCAGUGAAAGGAUUGGACUGGGGCAUUGCCGCGAUCAGUACUGCUCGCUGGGCAGGAGUACGUCUGAGGGAUGUCCUGGUGGAGGCUGGCUAUACAGAAAGCAUGACUAAUGCACAACAUGUUCAAUUUGAAGGCCUGGAUCGUGACUUGACGGGCACAGGCUACGGUGCCUCUAUUACUUUUGAGCAUGCAAUGAGGAAAGAAAACGAUGUUUUGCUUGCCUAUGAAAUGAAUGGAGAAGAUCUGCCACGAGAUCAUGGAUUUCCAUUGAGGGUAAUAGUACCAGGUGUGGUGGGUGCUCGCAAUGUGAAAUGGCUUGGAAGAAUUGUGGUUAGUGAGGAAGAGAGUCUUAGUCACUGGCAACAGAAUGAUUACAAAAGCUUCAGCCCAUCGGUAGACUGGGACACGGUGGACUUCUCCACCUCACCAGCCAUACAGGACCUCCCAAUACAGUCUGCCAUCACAGAGCCACGACCGGGGCAGAAGGUCACCCUUGAUUCUGAUGGAAAACUGUCUGUGAAGGGAUAUGCUUGGAGUGGUGGUGGUAGGGAGGUUGUGCGAGUUGAUGUGUCUCUUGAUGAGGGAAAAACAUGGAAGGUAGCAGAAUUAACUGGCACUGCGCAGAAAGCUGGUCAUGCCUGGGCAUGGAAACUGUGGCAGCUGAGUGUCCCGCUGCCUGACGAUUGCAAACAUAUUACAAUCAUCUGCAAGGCUGUGGAUAGCAGUUACAAUGCGCAGCCUGAUACCGUAGCUCCAAUAUGGAACGUGCGUGGUGUUAUAAGCAAUGCGUGGCACCGAGUACAGGUCUCUGUGGAUACUGACUAACUUCUGUGGUGGAGGUGUGGACUUUUUUGCCAGCAACAAACUAUUCCCUCAUGCCUGGAGGUGGCAAAACAAUGAACCUUCUUGUAUGGUGGCUUCACUUAUGCACACUGACUAUUCAUAUUACUGUUUAUUAUAAAGAAGAUAAAUCUGAACUUCCAUAAUUUGACACUGGAAGAAAUGAAUACGGGUAAAGAUAAGGACUUUCAGUGGUUUAAGGAAUCUAUCUGGUGCUAAAUGCCUUUAGGUGGGAAAGCUCGAAGCAGGAAUUUUGUAAACGUGUCGUAUAUUUUAGGACAAUGUGUUUCAUUCAUGUAACCCUUAUACAACAUAAGAGCAAUCCAUUGCUGUGACCAUUGAUUGUUUUGUGUAUAACAAAUUGUGGCACACAUUUUAACGUAUCAUUUUAUGGUAAGUAAUUCUAACUGUAGCAUGUCAUCUGGUACUCCAAAAUACCCAAUAAUUAAGACUUUGGUUAAAAUGAUUAAUACACAUAUUUAACAAAUGUACAGUCUGGCUCUGCAGGUCUGUUAUUUCUACUUGGAAAGGAAAACACAAUUCGUAGCGAUCUUAUCUCAUGAUGAUAACUUAGAUAGAAAUGGAUAUAGCUGUACUAGCCGAA